AGCCUGCUGCUGCUGGCUGCAGAUUCCUCCAAGCCUGGAUUGACUUGACUUUGGCUGCAGAGGUGAGGAGAAGAAAGGGAGACUGAAAAUUAAGGGGGACGAAUACAAGUGCCAGAGGAAUGGGCAAGUGCCCAACAUGGUGCAAAUAAAGGGUGACAAAGAAUAGUUCUCCUUUGCUGAGGGACAUGUGGCCUCAGAUGCCUCCCUAAACUCUGGCCAGGCAGCAGCAACUGAGACAAUUGCCUUCUGACCAUGCAUGUCUGGUGCCCUGGAAGCAGAGACUGAGCUCAGCUUUCUUCUGCUCCCUCCCUUCACAGAUGGCUCAAAAGGUAGAACUGUCCUGCAGAUGGGCGUGAAGAGUCAGUAGGAGGGCACCUGUGAUCAAUCUGGAUUCGUUUGGUGAAUUCUGGUGCUGGGAGGAAGUCUGUGCUGAGAGGACUCCGAAGCAUACCAGCUGUGUGACCACUGGCACUUGCUUUGAGUGAUUUAAACUCUUUAACGCUCAAAACACUAUUCCCAAAUGAGUCGUUGAUCUUCAUUGGUGGAGGAAGUUUCCACAUUGGGAGUUCCACACACGUAUGCAAUCCCAGAUGCAAACAACAGAAAUGAGUGUGAUUGAAAAUCUCACAUUGCCGCCUAACACCACUUCCUUCCCUGAUGCUACUGGUGGAAUCACAGCAGAUUGUAUCAUAAUUCUGGGGCUGGCAGCAGGCAUCCCAACCUUGGUGGCCAUGGUCCUGCUUGUAGCUUUAAUUGUGGUCUGUGCUCAGAAAAGAAGAAAGGAUGGGCAUACCCAGGAAAACCAAAGACCAAAUGAUUUUCCAGACAUCUAUGGCAGUUCUGAGGUAUCAUUGGAGAAUCUCAGCAGCCCUGAUGUGGAUGUGAAGGAAACAAUAGAGAUGGAAGAGACUCAUGUGUAUGUGAAGACCAUAACGGGCACAGAAGAGCUAUCAUAUGAUGCUUACUUUCCUAGAACUGAAAUGGGAAAAAAGCCGAGUUUGCCGAGGUGGCUUUUACCCAAACGGGACAGGAAAUGAAAUAUCCUCAGCUACUGAUUUCAAACUUACUCCAAAAAAACUAGACCAGAGAAAGAAAUACUUGGGUUUAUACUGGAAGUCAAUUAGAAUUUUCUUCAUUAAUCUGAAAAAAUAUUUCAUUGACAUUUGAGUUGAUUUAUUCUAUUAGUACUUAGGUUCUGCCUGAAUAAUGAAGCAUUUGGUAAUGAGGUGCUUCUCAACCAAGUCCAUUGCUUAGAAGAAUCAUGGCUCUAGGACUUUAAACACUUCAAUUCCAUCUCUAUCACUCCCAUUGGUUUUUCUGGGUGAACAAUGUUUUAUUUCCCCAUAUCUGGCCUUCCCCACCUUGCCUUCCUUUAAUCAUGGGUCAGAUCUCUUAUUCAAAAAGAAGCCAGCAGAUCAGGCUGUGUUUAAAGAAAUGACAAAGCUCAUGAGGAGCUAUGUGAACGGAGAAACAAUGGAUGAGGCAAAGUCAUCACUACCUUCUGGAUAGCCAAGGCUAGAUAGUAGGUAGAGAGGAAACAGUUACAUUGACCUCAGGGCAGCCCACAAGAUACUACUCAGUAUAGCUUCCGCCUAGCUUUCCCCUGUCUCAUAAAGGCAAAAGCCUUAACAUCAAAAACUGUAGAAAACAGCAAUAGGGCUACCUAACAACAUGAACCUGAGGGUGUAUGUGCAACAUCCACUACGCACAGCCUAGAGUUCUACAAGUUUAUUUCUAAAUGUGAUGCUUCAUUGAACUUCAAGUGAAUUGUAAUUGUCCCUUUUCCCUUAUAGGCCAACUGCCUCUCUUAAUAGCUACCUCUGCCUUCUGUAUCUGCACAGACUGUCGCUCAUGCUUGGAAUAUUCCCCCUCCUCCUCUAUGCCUCUUGGAAUCCUUAGGUUCCUUUAAGACUCAACUCAAACACAUUGUAAUUUAGGCUUCCCUGAUUGUCCCAGCUGCUAGAGCCCUUUCCCCACAGAUUAUCCUGCACUUAUUUUGUGUGUAUUUUGUCUUAACUUAUCUGUGCACAUUUUGUUCCCCACAACUUUGUAGUUGUGGGGAAACUCUUUGAAGGUAGAGUUUGGUUGGUGUUUUUGCCUAGCUCCUAGUACAGUAUCCUGUUGAAUAAAUGUUCAUCGGAUGAAUGAAUGGAAGGAUGCUUCUACAGAUGUCCAAUCCAGGAUUAAGAGCUUUGUGGUUCUUUUAGCAAAGAGCCCUUGUUCAUUUAUAGAUCUCCCUCACCCCUCCUUUGAUGACCUUCAAAGCAGAGUGUAGGACUCAUCUCUUUUUUUUUUUUUGCUUUUUGGUGAGGCAAUUGGGAUUAAGUGACUUGCCCAGGGUCACA